AGUUGUGUUUGCGCAUAGAUGACUCUGGGUUAUAUGAAGUCAGUCUGACCUUUUCCCAGAGGGUUUCCAGUGUUAGGAACAGGGCAUAUGGGGUGAUAAUGACCCAACAGUCUGACUUAAAAGUACUCAUUGUUCUAAACUCCCUUAAAACCUGUCUUUUCAGGGAAGGCAGACAUGUUGCAGUGAAAAGAGCAAAGAAUUUUGAUUGGUCCUCCAAUGCGGCUCGUGAGGAAAUACAGGUGCUGGAAGAUUUAAAAGCAUCAGACCCCAGCAAUGCCUAGUAAGCACACAAAGCCAACCGUGAUGUGUUUUGGCUCAAAGACUUCUUCUAGUGUUCUUCUAGUGCACACAGUGUGUGUAUGAGCGCUGCACAACUCGCUGUUGCAAUGCAUGUGUUUUCCUGCUUUUGCAGUCACUGUGUCCAGAUGUUGGGAUGGUUUGAGCACCAUGGACACGUCUGCAUUGUUUUUGAGCUCCUGGGGCUCAGUACCUCUGACUUUAUGAGCGUCAAUGACUUCUUGCCAUUUAACCUGGACGACAUUAGACACAUGGCUUAUCAGAUCUGCACCUCUGUCAACUUUUUGCACAUGAAGAAGUUGACACAUACAGAUCUGAAGCCAGACAAUAUUGUCUUUGUGAAAUCUGACUACGUAGAAGAGUACAACCCCAAACUGGUAAGUUGCCAUCCUCUUCCCCACUCUCCUCCACCUCAGUCAUCCUCUGCGUUCAUCUGGUCACUUGCAUCCCACCACCUUUCAUUUCAGGAAUGCACUGAAUGCAGACUGAGAAAACCAGACAUCAGACUUGCGGACUUUGGGUGCGCCACUUACGAUCAUGAUUACCAUAACCCUGUGGUGACUACUAGACCUUACAGAGCUCCCGAGGUGGUCCUAGAGCUCGGAUGGUCCCAUCCAUGCGAUGUGUGGAGCAUAGGAUGUACUCUCCUGGAAUACUACCGUGGAGUCUUAGUAUUUCAGGUAGGCAACUCUAUGCCUCAAAAGCAUGCAGCAUGCAUAGCACUCCCCAACUUGAUGAACAUAAGCUACGGAGAGGUGGGGACUAAAGGCAAUGGUCUGUGCGAGAAAGUAAGCUGCAUUUCUCUGUGGUGCCAAGUUGAAGAGAACAGAAGAUGUAGGCCACAAGGAACGUUCUCAGCAGCAGAUUUUGACAAGUUACUUUCAGUAGACCUUUUGGCAGCGUCUUGAAAUGAAGGGUCGCCCUGUUAACUUCUGGAAUUUACAAGGCACCUUAAUACCAGAUGUGGCUUCAUCUAUCACCAUCAGCAAAUACUACUCAAAGGAUUGAAUCCUGUCCUCUUGACAGUAUUGCUGAAACGGAACUUGAAGAAGAGAGGAAGAAAAAACACCAAGGCAAGAUCAAGGGGAAUGAAAUCCAGUAGCUUCUAACUUCUUUCAGGAAACAGAGAACUCGAGCCUCUCAUUUUUUUGUCGAUCAGUUUCAGGUUAUUGUUUGCAGGGUACAGUCAAAAAUGAAGUCAGGCUGGUGUGUGCUUCUUGAUAACUUCCUCUGAACAAGGAACGAAAAACAUCUCUCUUGACUUCCUUGCAGGCCGAUGACGACAUAGAACACCUGGCAAUGAUGGAGCGAUUAUUUGGGCCUUUGCCGCAUCAAAUGAUAAAGAGAGUUGUGUCUUCAAAGAAGAAGAAGUAUUUCUGUAAUGACUGUCUGGCCUGGGAUGAACGCAGCGCAUCUGGGCAAUAUGUCUCGGGGUGCUGUAAACCCCUGAAGGUAAGAUUGCAGGGGGAAGAUGCUUCUGGGCAGAGGAGCUCCAAGUGCAAUUCUAAGACUGGAAGCCCGUGUUUUGUUGUUUUCUUCGUGAAGGAAUACAUGACGUGCCACGAUUCUGACCAUGAGAAUCUGUUUGAUCUGAUUGGGAAGAUGCUGGCAUAUGACCCAGCCACGCGCAUUACUCUGGAAGAAGCACUGGAACAUCCUUUCUUCCUCCCAUUGAAGCAGGAAAAUAGCACAUAGCCUCCUAUAGCUGA